GUCAUUCUGGGUAAAACAGGCAGCCACAAAACUGUGUAUCGUUUCGUUCCGGUUUUUUCAACGCCAAAAUAAAAUCAGAAAUUAUUUAACAAAAUAAAAGCUAUUAACCAAAAGCAAAGCGAAACCGAAACUUGACUUGAAAUGGACGAAACACCGAACAGCAAGUACGUUAACAAUCUUUCGACUUCCGCUGGCAACGGCCACGUGGCUUCGUCCAAGAAGCGUCGCCUGGAGUGGGAAUCGCCGGCAGGCAGCCAGAAUGCCACUGGUUCCUCCGCCGAGUCCGUGCCGCCGGAACGCUCCUCGCUGUCCAUCACGAAACUGCGCGUCGAACUGAUCGAGAGCAAGGCACUGGUCAUCAAGUUGCGCGGUGAAAUCGAUCAGAUGAUUCGGGAGCACCAGGAGGCCCUCAUGCUGGCGGAGAACAAGAGCUCGGUCCUGAAGGCGCAGUGUGAUUCCACCGGCAAGCGGUACGUGGAGCUGCAGGAGGAGUACCAGACGCUGCGAGCCCGCGAGUUGGCCCAAAAGUCUGAGGCCAGACUGGCCACCGCCGCGUUGGCCGAACUCAAGUUGAAGAACGAUGCGGCCCAGGACAACUGGGAGAAGGAGCAGUGUGCGCUGAAGGCGGACCACCACGAUGCCCAGAUGCGCACCAACAACGAGAUGAACAAGUUUCGCCGGAUGGCCCAUCGCUGUGCCAUGGAACUGAAGGCGACGCGUCACGACGCGGAGUUCGUGCGCCAAUGGAACACGCAGUUGAGAGAACAGGUUUCCGAACACGUCGCACUGCGCAACAAUUUCGAGCUGCAGCAGCAAAGCCUUCAAAUGGCCAACGAGCGCAUCAAGGCACUGGAGUACGAGAUUCAGUCGUACAAGGACUGGAAGGAGAUAACCGAGGUGGCGCAGCAGACUCUGCUCAGUGUGCCAGACUUGCGGGCGGAAGUGGAGCGCCUGCGCAAAACCAACAAGAAUCUACACACUUUGAUUGGUGACAAACUGCUGCUGGAGGAGCAGGUGAACGACUACAAGGAGCGACUGGAACGGGAUGAGAAUGUGCGUGCCGAGGCUGCUUCGCUUCAGGUGAAACUAAAGCAUGCGGAGCAGGAGCUCGUGGAGUGGACGCAGCUGGCCCAGGAUCACUGCCUGCAAAACACGUUGGCCACCCCGAUGGCUCUGCGCGAACGCAUCGAGACAAUGCUCCAGCAUAACCUCAUUUACGUGGCAGAUAAGUGCACCGCGGAGUCCGAUCGCAAGCAUAUGCAGGGAAUUGUGCGCGACUUGGAGGUCAAGUGCGCUUUGUACUUGAAGAACCUCGAGGAACUGAACAUCGAACUGAAACGGCACUCGAAUUUCGAGGAGCAAUUGCAGCGCAAACUGAUGAUAGUGUCCAAGGAGCGAGACGUAAGCAAGCUUCUAAUGAAGAACUUUGAGAAGGACAUGACCCUGGGCUACAUCAGUGUGAUGGACUCAACGAAGGACAUCAAGGUGCAGAUCCGUGUGCAUAAUCUCGAACGCACCGUCGACGGCUACAAGGAGAUGUUGGAUCUGCGGGAUAGUCAGAUUGCGGAACUGCGAAAGCAGGCAGUGCCGCAGACGCCACCCAGCAGCGCUGGCUACGAUUGCUACCGAAAGCAAAUGGACUCACUGCGAUUGGAGAACGAUCAGCUGCGCCGGCGCAAAGAGGAUCUGGAGCUGCGCAACGAGAAGUUGAUGGACGAUCUGAAGAAGUUAAACACUGAGAAGGAUGACAUGCAGGCGGCCCACAAUGCAUACCGCAAUGUGUGCUGUUGGAUUUUGGGCUACAAAAUUGAUUGCAUUGGCGGCAGAAGCAGCUAUCGCAUUUCCAGCCGAUUUGCCGAGCGAUUGGAUGAGCAUCUGGACAUCACCCUCUACGGAUCGCGCCGAUUGUCUGUGCUGGACUCGCCCUACUCGCAAGCCGUUUGUCCGCCCAAUAAUCAAUAUCUGCCCAACAAUGAUUUUCCUGAAUUCUUUGCCAAUCUUACCCUGAAACUUUUCCGAAAGCCCACCACUGACUAGAUAGUCACAAUUGUAGCAAUUGUUUAGUUUAGCAUCAAAUAAACGACUAUGUCUAUUAGUGUAUUCGUGUGCGAA